GAUUGGCCGUUACACGCUGCAAAUCUCAUCCUCUUCUAGACAGUACGAAAACUACAGGAUAAAGAGAGAAAUAGUCCAAACCCUCUCUCUCAAAAACGCUCACAUUCAUGUUCAUAAAAAUAACCCGUUCGUGUUCGUAUAUAGGUGUAUGUAAUCGGGAUGUCUAUGGAGACUCGUGAAUUUUCGCAUCAAUAUGCAGAAACAAUCCACGAAGAAUCCGAUACGCUUUUUCAGAAAAAUCGCUGUUGUUUCUCCUUACCGUGCUUAGGUAACUCCUCGCCGGACGGCGAAGGAAUAACCUGGUGGAAAAUCCGAACGCAGAACAUUGGAAACAUUUCCUUGUGGAUCCGGGGAGUCACCGCGGUGAAGAAGAUUCGCGAGUGGUCGGAACUCAUCGCCGGUCCGAGAUGGAAGACUUUUAUACGGCGGUUCAACCGGAACCGGAGCGGGAAUAGCAAGCAUGUGAAUCACCAAUACGAUCCACUGAGUUACGCGAUGAAUUUCGACGAGGGGCCGGGGCAGAGCGGUAAUUCUGAGGAAGAGGACGGGUAUUAUCAUAUGUCAAGGAAUUUCUCGUCCAGGUACGCCGCCUUCCCGGCUUCCUCUAAAACUUCUAGGGACCUCGACAAGGAUUCGCCGUCUACCUUCGUUUAACCUUCGCCGGCGAGGCGAAGUGGGAGAGGUGAAGCUUAGCGGGGCAUUCAAUUAUUGUUAAUUACAGCUCAUCAUUAAUGCAACUAUUUGUAAAUUAUUAUUUUAUUUUACUUUUUGUUUGAGUGUAUCUAUACCUCGUAGUUGUUGCUGUUGUUAUUAAUUUUUUUUUUUUUUUUAAAUAUUUUAGUUAGAUGGUGUAUGUAUAGGUGAUAGCGUGUAAGCCUGUUAGGUUUUAAAUUUUAAUUUAUUAUUUCGUGUUGGAGGAAUAAAGUAUAUUAUCUUAGUUCCAGUU